CAUUAAGGGCCCGUUUAAAAUUUUCAUCUCAAAAGGAGCUGUAAAACCCCGGCUUUGUCUUGGUCGUUGCAUCCUUGGAAAGGGGAAAGCAAAGCAGUCCUCUGAUCAACAUUUUCUCACAGUGAUCAGUUUUCUUAUCAGAUAAAGAGGGGUUUUUUUUUCCCCCUUUUAGGUUAACGUGCAAGAUCAAAUAAGCUAGGAGAGGAAGAAAUGGCUGGCCAAGAGGUUAAGCAGCUUGAGGAAUGCUCAGUUUCCAAUGCAUUGGGCACAUGGGUAUUUUCAGUAGCAGGGGCUUUGCUAGCAAUUCCAGUGGGGAUAAAGAGGAAAUCUUUAGCGCCCCUUGUGUUCUUUGGCACAACCGGUACAAUGCUUGAUAUCAUUAUGGGAAUCAGUGCUUGUGAAAGAGAGCACGCGGAACGCCAAAUGAAGCUAUCAGAAGCCCAAAAUUCUGCAGCUGAUGAUUCUUCGGUUUCAGAGUCUUAGAUGGUGUAGAUUCACAUCUUUGGAAGUGCUUGAAUCUGUCUUUCAAACUUGCUUGGGGUGUACAAGAGACCUAGCGAAUUAUUGUUUAUAAGUUGGGUCCCUUUUUCCUUCUCGUAGUUGCAUGUCCUCCCCCUCUAUGGCUUUGGUGAAUAAGAAAUUGGCACUUUCUUCUUCCA